AUGCCGUGGCAAGCGGGCGUGUGUCCCAGGCGAAGCGUGGCCGUGCGUGGGGGCCCCGGCCACGCGUGGGGGCCCUGGGCAGAGGAGAGUCGCCUCCCGGGCAUCAAGGUGAAAUACCUGCUGGUGGUGUGGCUCGGCAUCUUCGUGGGCAGCUGGGUGGCAUACAUGCAUUACUCGUCCUACUCCGAGCUCUGCCGCGGCCACGUCUGCCGGAUGAUAAUCUGCGACCAGUACAAGAAAGGAAUCAUUUCUGGCUCCACGUGCAAAGACCUGUGUGAGGAGCGCAGCCUCCUCUUCCAGCACUGCCUCUCCUCCUCUCCCACCCAGCAGGUUUACAGUGGGCUCUGGAGGGAGAGGGAGGUGAUCAUCAAAUGCGGCAUCGAAGAAGCCUUGAAGGCAGACAGCCACCCAGACUCCGUGCCCAGGAGGGACGUGGUCCUCUUUGACAAACCGACACGAGGGACAUCGAUGGACGAAUUCAAAGAAAUGCUCCUGAACUUCCUAAAGUCCAACCUGGGAGACCAGCCUUCUCUUGCAGCCUUGGUGAGCCGGAUCAUCACCAUGGCAGAUGUGAACCGGGAUGGGAAGGUGUCUUUAGCAGAGGCCAAAUCCAUCUGGGCGCUACUUCAGCUCAAUGAGUUCCUUCUCAUGCUCUCCUUGCACGAGAAAGAGCACACUUCCAAGCUGCUGGGGCACUGCGGGGACCUCUACGUCACUGAGAAGAUCCCCCACACCUCCCUCUACGGAGUGGAUGUCCCCCCCUUCCUCCAGUCGCUGCUGCCUUCAGUCGUCCACCAAAUCAUCCACCAGUGGUUUGCACCACCGUGGCCCCGGCGGGCAAAGAUCGCCAUCGGCCUUCUGGAGUUCGUGGAGGAGAUAUUCCACGGGACCUACGGGAACUUCUACAUCUGCGAGACCAGCUUUAAGAACGUGGGCUACAACGACAAAUACGACUUCAAAAUGGUCAAACUGAGGAAGGUGGCAACGGAGAUGACAAUCAGAGGUUUCCUCAAGGGACGUCACUGUGAGCAGAACGUGGACUGCACCUACGGGAAGGACUGUAUGGCUACGUGCGACAAACUCAUGAAGCAGUGCAAAAGCGACAUGGUGCAGCCCAACCUGGCGAAGGUCUGCGGGUUGCUGCAGGACUACUUGCUGUACGGAGCACCACUGGAGCUGAAAGAAGAGCUGCAGAAACAGCUCCGAACUUGCAUGACCCUCAGUGGCCUGGCCAGCCAGAUGGAAGUGCACCACUCCCUCAUCCUGAACAACCUCAAGACCUUGCUCUGGAAGAAGAUUUCAAACACCAAAUAUUCCUAACGGGGGAAGCAUGGCCCUGGAGUUUAGAAUCUGCAAUCUUGGAGUAAAGUCCAAGGGUUGAAGGCCUGUUUCUCCAUCCUCUCCCCCACAGGAAAAAUACACCCUACCCAGGGAGUUCAGCAUAGCUGCGGCCCCUUCUCCUUCAUGGAAAACCAAGCAUCAUGACUUCCACCGCCCAGCAGGAUCAUCGAUACGGUCGGCAAGAGCAUGCUGCGGAGCUGGGACACCAGGAGCCGGGCUGAGCAGGCUUGGGGGAAGAAGAUGACACGGCAAGCGAUAAGGAAGCAGAGCCCAGCUGGACGUACCUAACUGUUCCUUGGUUAACAGGAAGGCAGCGCAGCGAGAUGAGAAUGAAUCAUUCAUGCUGUACUUGUCACGUCUUCUUUUGAUGAACGUCUCUGAUGUAAAUAAAUAGCUUUU